GACUUGUUUCUAGUCGGACUCCCAAACGCUGCACAAAACAUGGACGAUUGAGGAAACAUUUUGAAAGAAAUCAUCAGUUUUACUCUGAAAUUUAUUGAAAUAAAUGUUUAUUUCUCCGUAAAUAAACCAUGAAUGUAUCGGAGUUUAGGUAAGUCGUGAAGUUUGUCCCCUUCUUUGACCGGAUGUGGUUAUUUUUGUACGUUUGUCCGUGUUCCGCUAAAGUUAUGCUAACCUUCUGGUUGUUUCUAUUCACUUUAACCCAGUCUGAAAACGAGGAUCACAGAAAAAACUGAAGUUUUCAUCAGAAACGUGUUUAUAUUUUUAGUUUGAGACUGUUGUUUGUUAAUAAUUACAUUGUAUUAUUAAUUAUAGAGAUAGCCUUUUCCUGUUUCCGGUCACUGACAGGUAUUUCCGGUGCAGACAGGUAUAAAACCUCCAGGUGAGGAUGUUUUGUCUCCGGCUGCGUCUCUCCCUCAAACCCGGGACUUCUGUGUUCACCGUUAAAGUCCACAGAGUCCACAAACUCGCCUCCCUCCACAAAGCCGUCACCCUCCCCCCAAAGAAAGUCCAGAACAUCCUCUACCCCUUCAGCAGCGUGGAGCCUUACCUGGACAGGUACUGGUUUUUCUUUCAUCUUUGACCCUCGGUGAAGACCCGGGACUUUUUCCUCAUGUUGUCCUUUAUGUGGAUGAUCCCCCCAACUCCCUCAGGUCUGUGGACAGGACGCCGUUCCAGCUCUUCCAUCCCAGUUUGGAGGAUUUGGUCAAAGCCGAGAAAGUUUUCUGUCCUUCGCCGUCUCAUAAGAUCGAUUAUUUCAUCUCCGCAGAGAGGGUGGUCCAGAUACCUGCGCUCAGACAACCUGAGGUGAGCGGUGACCCUCUCAAUUUAGGGUCAAACACACCGUAACACUGAGUUAGACCCCCCCUCCAGAGAUGAAUGUUGCCGACCGCUUGCUUCUCUAGUUAUACCAACUUUAGUAACGACAGCAGGAUAGCAAUACAGAGAGCCACGCCCUCAACCAAAACGCCACUCUAUAACCACAAAUAAUGCUCAGAACAGCACCUAACUUCAUCAACAGGACAUAUAGGAUCACAGACAUAGUACUAGCCACCAAACAUCUUUUUAACUUUGACUCAUUUCUUUAGCAAAGAGACUAAACACAACUCACCUACUCUCUUCCAGCAGACGCUUGUUUGUAGAGAGACCUCAGGCCAGUCCAUUAAGGACUACAGCGGGGUGCCGCAGCUCAAGGAAGAACAUUUAUGAUCAUUUCUAUGUCCUUUCCUUGAAGAAAUAAUCAUCAACUCAACUUUAUUUGUAAAGCACUUUAAAACAACCACAGCUGAACAAAGUGCUGAACAUAAAUAGACAAAACAACACAGACAUACAAAAAAAUCAAAAAACACUUAAAACAAUGGAUAAAAUAAAAGCAGAUAUUAAAAAGUAAAAUAUAGUUUAAAUGUUUUUAAAAAAGAAAGGAAACAAAUAACUAAAAACAAACCAUAAAACACUAAAACAGGAGCCGGGUCUCAUGCAGGGUUGAAAGCCAAUGAAUAAAAAUGAGUUUUAAGAUGAGUUUUGAAAAUGGACAGUGUGGGGGCUCUUUUUUGGUCGGUGUAACUCAGGAUUUAAAAGACGAGUAUUAAAAUAAAGAAACAGUGCGUUUAAGUGAAUAUGAAGGUGUUGCUUCCCCUCCAUAAAACUCCUCCACCCUCAGUCUAUGAAAAAUGUAGCGCUGCGUCUCUUUACCCUCCUGCAGCCUCAUACAUAAUGAAGCGUGGGGUUGACAGCUGUUAAUAAAUGAGCAGAUUUAUAACCUUAUAGACAGCAGCGUUCACCAGAGGGCCCAGAAUGGAACAGGACACUCUGGUCUCUUUGUCAUGCCGGGUUAGUUACCACUCUGCCUCUGCGCUCCGUCGGACGAUGAUGUAUUCUCGGCUUUCUGGCAGCGUCAGCCUCCAUCCAUCUGUCUUCUGUCGGAGAGAUGGAUGAGCCUGAGCCGCCGUCCUGUGGGACUGAGCGGUCAUUGGAACAAAAUGUGAGCAGAGUGAAAGUGAGAGAGUGAAAAUGUUCAAAAAGAGGGAAAAAAACUCAAAUAAGAGAUUUAAAUGAGAGUAAAAGAGGCUUGAACACAGAAUCUCUGAGUUCAGUCAUUUACACGAACUCUCUCUGUGUCCUCCAGGUGUGUUUCAUCGGCAGGAGCAACGUGGGAAAGUCGUCUCUCAUCAAAUGUCUGUUCGCUCUGGCUCCUGACGUGGAAGUCCGAGUCUCCAAAACUCCGGUAAGCAGACUGAGCUCAGCGUCUCAUUCAGGAGUGAAGUUCAAUUUUAAUCAUCUCAGUAAAGAGUCGUGUGUCUCUCCUCUCUUCUGCUCCUCUUUCAGGGUCACACGAAAAAGAUGAACUUCUUCAAAGUGGGGAAAGCGUUCACCAUCGUGGACAUGCCGGGGUACGGAUACAGAGAACCCAAAGACUUUGUGGAGAUGGUGGAGCCGUACCUUUACACCAGAACAAAGUGAGAAACUCAAACACAGAGUCCAUGUGAUCCACGUCUGGGGGGUCAAAGUGAGACCGCUGUUAACCAUCUGUGCAGUCAUUACAACUUAGAGCGAGAGCGAAAUGAUGAUUUACUCUAAAUUAUAUUUCUACGAUCAGUCGACUCCAGCUGUUGAAUUAUUAACACAGAUGUAGAAUUACGAAUUAUUAGAUCUACCAAACGUGCAGCUCUCUCUCAGCGUAGACGUCGCAGCGCUCUGACGUGUCCGUCUGAUCUGAGGAGUGAUGGAGCUUCAUGAAGUGUUUGAUUUUCAGCCUGGUGAGGACGUUCCUGCUGGUGGACGGCAGUGUUGGACUUCAGAAAGCCGACCUGUUAGCUCUGGAGAUGUGUGAGGACACCAGACGUCCAUACGUGGUACAAUACACACUCACACAAACACACACACACGCUCAAAGACACACACUCAAAGAGGUUAGUGUGGGAAACAUGAAAGAAAGAACCAGACAAACAAAGAUAAAAAGAAAAAAAAAAUAGAGAGAAAGAAAGAAGGGAGGAAGGAAGGAAGGACAGGAAAAAAAGAAGGGAAGAAGGAAGGAAAGAAAGAAAGAAGGGAGGAAGGAAGAAGAGAUUAAUAAUAGAAAAAAAGGAGGGGUAAAGGGAAAGUUAGGAGAAAGAAAGUCAGGAGAGAUUGAAGAAAGAGAUGAAGGAAAGGUUUGAUGAAGGAAGAGAAAAAAGAAAUACAUAAAGGACAGAAUAAAGAAAGACGGAAGAUUGGUAGAAGGACAAAAAAAUAGAAGAGAAGAAAGAAAAAGUAAAGUGAAGAAAGGAUGGAAGUACAAAUAGAAGAGGGAAGAAAGGACUCCAGUCUGACUUCAAAUUCAACUUUAUUUUUUUGGCACUUUUCAGACAAGAAAUGUUGUUCAAAGUUCCUCGCAGAGGCGAAAAACAACAAGUAACAACAAUAAAACCUGACCCUCCUACACAAACACACACACACACACACGCACCCAUGGACCCACACACGCACACAAAGACACUCACCCACACAUACACACACAAGCGCACACAGUGUAAGAAUUUCAGAUAUAUUGUUAGAGAGACAUGGCCUGACACCGAGACUUUACAUGAGGACAGAGCGACCUUUAGGAAACACUGGAGAUUAAAGAUAAUAAUGGUGAAAAGAGAAAAACCUGAAGGACUAAAACAAGAAAAUAAUAUUAAAUGAACAGAUAAGUAAGAGCUCGUUACCAUAUAAAAGGGGUAAAAGAAGUAAAAACCUUCAAGGCAGGAGUUAAGAAAAAGACGACGAACAGAGAUAAUUAAUAAAAUGACAUAAAAUAAACAAUAAGAACUUUGAUUAAAAUGAACAUUUGCAAUAAGAGAAAUAUAAAAAGGUGGUUAGUGAAAAGCCUGGUCAAAAAAAUGAGUCUUGAGCCUCUGGGAGAUUCUCUUCGUUAAUCGAAGUUUUCAGAGUCUGAAUAUUCGACCGACUCUUAAAUUAAAAUGAUUUUAUUAUCAAAAAUUCAGAGACUCAAAAAGUUUCAUUUAUGAAUAGAUGAUUUUUUUUUUCAGCUGCUGUUAAAAACUCAAAAUUGAAAUUUGAUUUUUAUAAAAGCAAACUUUAUUUAUUUAUCGUCUCAAACAUUUUAGAUUUACAACAGACAGACAGACAGACCGCAGGAGUCAGAACCUGAACCCACUCAGACGUCCGCUGUGAAUCUCUGCUCAGAAACAUCAGACCGUAAACUUCGCCGACUUUCUCAGUCCUCCUCACACUCCCCUCAUCCGUCUCUCAGACCCUCCUCAUUAUGUCCACACCAAAUUAAUACUGAGCGUUCUCACUCAGCUAUUUAAAAGCUGCUGUCCCGUCUGAAACGCCACCACCGCCACGAUAUAAUGAAGCACCCCCCACUCCACACGCUCUCUCUGCGCGGUCAAUUAUUCAUGCUCUCAGGUUAUUAAACACUCGGGACAUUAUUAAAGCUCUGACGGCUCAGCUCUUAACUGAGAUGAACUCUCUCUGCUCAAAGGCAAAAGAGGCGUCGAGCUCACGGCGGGGAAACUGCAGACGAUUAGAAACAGGCGAUUUAAGCAUUAAUCAAUCAGAGAACUGCGGCCAAUCGGAUUCAAGCAGCCUGAUUACUUUAAGAUAUAAGAUAUGAUAUGUUUUAAUGUUUUUGCCACAGUGUCAACAGGCAGGUUUCUCUCUGUGAGUCAAGUUAAUUUGAUUUGACGUUAACAGCGCAGUGUUCCCAUCUGUCCAGCAGAUGUCAGUAUAAAUUCAGCUCUUCACUCUGAGGAUGUGCGAGUUCCUGACUGACAGCUCUCUCUGUUUUCUAAAUGUUUGAUUUUUGCAGAUAGUGGUGACGAAGAUCGACAAAUGUAACCACGGGACUCUGCUGAUGAACCUGAUGAACCUUCAGGAUGUGGUGAACUCACAAACCAGCAGCUGCUUCCCUCAGCCGUUUCUGGUCAGGUAAGAAGAGUUUGUUUUUGACUCUCACAGACGGGAAACAGACUUAUUCACACUCCUUAUUCUCUUUAUUACAACUGCAAACUGUUACAUAAUAAAUACCAGCCAUGCUUUCGUCUGCCCUCCAUGUUUUAGAAGAGAACUCUUUGGUUUUUCUUCUUCUCUGCACUUAAAAAGUAUUUGAGAGCUUAUACAUGUGGCUUUGUCCAAAUCUUCAUCAGAUUAUUGAAAACCUCAAACAAACAAACUCAAAUAAAAUAAAGCGGCAGUAUGAAUAAAAGUAAAGGCUCUGCAAACUAUUUGCUUUCUGUCAAACAAGUGUCAGUCAUGAUAAAGUGUCAAAUGUAAAUAUAAAUAUGAUUAUCAUGUUAAUAAAGUACUGAAAGGGUAUACAGCUGCUCGAGUAUAGUGCCAGUACUAAAGCAGAACUAAAAACUAAAUAAAUACAAAUGUGACUGACAGUGUGUUCAUCUCUGUGUUCACCCAAAGUCAUGAAACACUUACAGUAAACACAGAUAGUGUAAGACAAAGACUUUAAUAUGAAGAGGUUGUUCACGCUGUUUACAGACAUAGACUGUAGGGUCCAUGUAUUAUCUGUCCAUUCGAUUAUUCCAUUAAAUCUAAUAAUCGAAAAAAUGAGUCAAUAUUUAGUUUAUUUGUUUUUCGAUAUAACCAAAAAAUAAAAAUUAGUGUUUGUUUUCGUAUUUUCAGCUUAAAACAGAAAAUGUAAUAGAGAGAAGGAAAUAUUUGGUCAUACAGAAAAACAAAUAAAAUAUUGACUUGUUUUUUCGUUUAUUAGAUUUAAUGGAAUAAUUGAAUGGACAGAUAAUACACGAACCCUGUAGAUCCACCAGCUCUUCUUCCUCAUCGUCCAAAAACAUUUCUCUCAUUCACCAAUCCCUUUUUUGUGGCCCAGAAGGUUCAAAAUAUGGUCAUCAACGUCAUCAUUUCUGUCAAUAUCACCACCUUCACUAAGGCUGGAUGUUUCUCCUCCGAAGCUGCUCUCUCUCUUACUUUCCUCACAAAGAUCUGAGCAUGAAUCCGAUCACUUUACUAGCUGAUCAGAGGCAGAAAGGUUUGAUGAUUUCAUUCGCCACGACUCCAGAAAUGAUUGAAAGACUACAGAAAGUUACAAAACGACGUAUCUGCACUCCCGGCUUGAAGGGUAAAAGUGUGUCCAUGCUGUCCUCGUUCAAACGGAUUUAUAAACUUUAUCAACCAUUUCCUUUUACGCACUUCUUCUCUUUUCUUCUUCUCUCUCUUUCACAGCUCUCACAAUUUCUGGGGGAUCUACCUCCUGAGGUGCUUCAUUGCUCAUGUAGCAGGAGGCAUCAGGUUAAGAGAGUCCUCUCACAGCUGACAGGAAGCUAGAUCAACCUCACUGACCAGACGCCGCGGUCACCCUCCUCCUCAUCAUCAUCAUCGGUGUGGUGUAGGGAUGCACGGGCACAGAUGGAACGACUGAACGCUGGAAUCAGCUGAUGUUUGAGACGCUGUUUGAUGGUGAAUCUUGACGGCUGAGACACUGAGACACUCUGAGACAGAUCGAGGACGCAAAUAUUCACGUACAUCUGAUCUUCGAGCAAAAACAGACAGGAGGGAUUUCACAAUCAGAGCAUCUCUGUGUAUAUGUGCUUCAGAGGCUUUUAUUUUGAAAUAAAUAUGAUUAAAAGUCAUACAUAAAAAUACUCUUCAGGUACAACAAGAAGAAAACUACGUGGCAAUUAGUCAAAGAUUCAGGGAUACGACUUAUAAAUCAUGUUGCAACGAGAAAAACGAACCUCAAGAGGAGAGAAACCGACGAAUAACUCAGAGUUUUAUAUCACUGCUGUUUAAAAUUUACCGUUUUCCUUUUCCAAAACUCUUUUACCGCCACCUGGUUUCAUCAUUAAAAGGAAAACUAAAGAAUUUAAUCAAAACCAACUUUUCAGGUCCUUAAAACAGUUUAUUAAAAUGUCCUAAAAGGUUUUAAAAAAACCUCCACGUUGUGUUUUUUUUUUUGACAUCUCCAACAGUUUUUUAAUGUCAUCUUACGGUUUAUCUCGAUGACCUUCCUCUUAUUGUUUUAUUGUGCGAGUUUAUCUCAAAGUUGCGCAACAAAAGCUGUAAUUAAAACGCACAUAUCACACUGUCAGAAACGGUCUAAUUUAUUUAUAUUUACCAUAUAAACAAAAUAAAGACUCAUUUAGGUCCCCGAGGGGAAUAACGAUGAAAUAGUGGAUAAUUAGAAAUGAGUCCCAGCUGGCAAUCAGCUCAAAUGUUCUUUUUAACAGUGAAAUCAGGAUUAUUCUGUGUAAAUAUGACAGUUUAUUCAUUUAUUUCCUCUUCAGAGCUGAUGUUCAGUUCUGUCUUUGUACGUCUUUAAAACCAAAGUUCAGAGUGAUUAAAAAAGUGCUGCAUGCAGGAAAGUCGCUUCAGUUUGAAUCCUGUGUUCACUUUUUUUAAUCAUAGAUGUGUCGCUUAAAAGUUCCUUUUUAUGAAGAAGUUCGCUGGACUCAAUAAUGAUAAUAACUUUUUAUUUAAACUGUUGACGGUGGAAUAAGACGGAUCAGAGCCGGUCCUGUCCGGUAUCCUGAUGAUGUAGACUGACAGUAUUUGUUAAUCGUCCUUUAUUGAUUGAUGAUUAUCUGGUGAUUUAUGCCAUUUUAUAACUUAAACUGUAUGUCUGCACUUCUUUAAAAUGAGAUAAAGUGGUGGUUUAAAGCUCCUGUAAGUAAUUUUUGGUUUGCCGCGAAUGUGGCGCCCCCUGUGGACAAAGCAGUCAUUGUUUAUUUUGUCCUGUACAUGCUGGAAUAACGUCUCCUGACGAAAAUGUCAUCCUGCUGACUUUUGACCGUCAAACCAGACGUUAGAUGUGAAUAUUUUGUGCGUGAAUUCUAAAUAAAGGGCUGUUGUUUCUCCAUCUAAAGGCUGAUACCUGAAAAUUUACAACAUAAAAAUCGUCCGUCAUGUUACUGAUGAUCUUAUUUUCUUUGAGACGUAGAAAAGACAUCGAUAUGAAUUUCUAAAAACUAAAUCGACAUGAUUGCUGACGUGGUUUUUGUCUUAUUUCGUGGUGUAAAAAUGUGUUUAUGCAUGCAUAACCUUAGCAUGUGAUUCAAAGAGAAAAUAAUAUUUUAAAAUCAGUCAUUUUGAUUUUUCAUUUUCUUCUAUCAGUCUGUUAAACUCUUUAAAACCUUGUUUCAACCCCUUUACUGAGUGAGUGUGAAAAAACUACCUGUAAGUGAAAAUCAUGAUGACUGAAGGUGAUCUUUACCGGUCUGUUUUUACGUUUUUAAAUCGAAUUAAAUUGUCAGUUUAAAGAGUUAAAUGAUCUGUUUCUGAUUCAGACAGUUUGGAGCAGGAACACGUUUGCAGAGCUCUGCUGUUAAAAACCAGGAUACUGUCGCAGAGAUGCUUUUAAACACGUAGUCUGCAGAGAAGAGCGGAGGUAAAAGGUUAAAAAUGCACAGUGGAUCAGCAGACGGGCGCUCAUAAACAUUUUAUAGAAGUUACUCAGUGAAGGGUCAAGGUCACAGCUGAAAAAACGUCUCACUCAGUUUUUCAUCCUGUCGGUGUGGGAGGUUUCCCCAAACGCUCCUUUAUCUCUGCGUUUCCUGCUUUAACAGAGGAGCACAGUGUGAAGAAUGAACUUAUCAGAUCAGAUUAGGAUCUGUUAUCUGAUGGACUGAGAUAAUGACCAUGACACGACAUGAGGCCUCACAAACUCAUUCACACACCGGGAGCGAACACAUACUUAACAUUUACUGCUGGCUGCAUCAAGGACGAGUGCGAUGGAGGGAGAGAGAUAAAAAGUGAUGGGACGAUAAAAAGAAACGAUAAGAGUUUGUGUGAAGAGCUACCAGGAGGAUUUCACUGCCCC